AUGGCUGACGCCUCGACCUCGACGUCCACCGCGCAGCAGCAACAGCAGCAGCACAGGAUGGAUCCUACAUCUUCGGUUGAAGAUAUUGAUUUCUCGGAUAUCGAGGCAAAAUAUGAAGUGCACAUGGAUGAGGGGCUGGACAAUGACAUUGUAAUCAACGGCGUACCAAUUGUGACGUCUGCUAAGGAGCAGCGUCUGUUUGAGGCAAUCCAGAAACGAUUCCGCACACAGGCCAACAUUGAUGUGAGCCUGGAUGCGAUGCACAUCCCAUACAAAGAGGAUGGCGAGUCAAAAGGCUAUAUUAUCAUGGAACUCGCCAACAAUGAAGAGGCGACGCAAGCGAUCCGUGCUAUGAAUGGAUAUGCGUUUGACAAGAGGCACCGCUUCGUGCUGAACCGUCUUACAGAUGUAGAACGUCUUGCAAACAUGGACGAAGCGUACAAGGACCCUGAAGAGGAGCCAUUCCACCAGCGUGGACAUCUUCGUUCAUGGCUGAUGGACCAGGCCGGACGCGAUCAGGUCGUGAUGUGUGCGCGCGACGAUGUGCUUGUGUCGUGGCACAGCCGGACUGCCCAGCCCGAUGAAGCUCACAAACGCACGCGCUGGACUGAGUCGUAUGUGCAAUGGUCGCCACUUGGUACAUACUUGGCUACAUUUCAUAUGCAGGGUAUCGCUCUGUGGGGCGGCCCAACGUGGGAACGAAUCAUGCGAUACCCACACCCUGGUGUGCGUCUUGUUGAUUUUAGUCCGAAUGAGAAGUACAUGGUGACAUGGUCGCCGGAACCGAUACAAGUGUCCGAUAAUGCGCCGCAAGGACCCCAGUUCUUUGCGCCAGAAGACGAGGGCAAUCGUGUCGCUGUGUGGGACGUAAGAACAGGUCACCUUUUGCGCACGUUCCCAAUCUUACAAGAGGACACGACAGGACCCACAGGUCCCGCGAUCAAGGGCUUUAGCUGGCCAUUCCUGAAAUGGAGUGGGGACAGCAAGUACUGUGCAAAGGUGACACCAGGCAAAGGCAUAAGCGUGUAUCAAUUGCCAUCGAUGGGUCUACUUGACCAGAAGAGUAUCAAGAUUGAAGGCGUGGUCGAUUUUGAGUGGUGCCCGCUCGGCGACAAGGAUAAGGACGCGUUAGAAAUCUGGAAUGACGGCAAGAACAAAGACCUGCCUAAGGGCUUCAAAAAGCCUCGCGACAAUAUGCUUGUGUACUGGCAACCAGAAGUCCAAAACCAGCCUGCGCGUGUGACUGUGAUCAGUGUGCCGAAGCGAGAGAUCUUACGCUCAAAGAACUUGUUUAAUGUCGCAGACUGCAAGUUGCAUUGGCACCCACAAGGAGACUUUUUGUGCGUCAAAGUCGACCGACAGACGAAGACGAAAAAAACUGUGUUUUGCAACUUUGAGCUUUUCCGCAUGAGGGAAAAGGACUUCCCGGUCGAAGUUGUCGAGCUGAAGGACCCUGUGGUGGCAUUUGCGUGGGAACCACAAGGCACGCAUUUCGCUGUAAUCUCCAGCAACGACCCGAAUCUAGGUGUUGUGGCCCCUAGUAUCACCCUCAAGACGCAGUUACACUUCUACCAUCUACACCCUCGUGGCGAUUUCCGGCUCCUGAAAACACUGGACAACAAGACCUGCAAUGCGUUGUUCUGGUCGCCACGUGGUCGUCACUUGCUCACAGCAACGCUCGGCUCGUCGAGCAAAUUUGAUCUCGAAUGGUACGACGUUGACUUUAACAACGAUGCGCGACAGAACUCGUCAGGCGAAGUGCUGGAGGAAGUGAAGCUGAUUGGAUCUGGCGAGCACUAUAGCAUCACGGAUGUGGAAUGGGACCCUAGUGGCCGUUUUGUAACUACUUCCUCCAGCCUUUGGCGCCACUCAAUGGAACAAGGCUAUGCGAUCUGGGACUUCCGUGGUAACGAACUGCAAAAGAAUAUCAUUGAGCAAUUCAAGCAAAUUCUGUGGCGGCCCCGCCCACGAUCUUUGCUUAGCAAGGACGAGAUGAAACGCGUGCGCAGGAACCUCAAAGAAUUCUCGAAAGUAUUCGACCAGGAAGACCAAGAGGCCGAGAGCAGCCAGGCUCUUGCGCACCGCGAAGAGUACAAGCGCAUGCUCGAAGAAUGGAAGAGUUGGCGUGCAUACAACCGCGAGGCGCUCCAGAAGGCUCAAGAAGAGGGCAAAGAGCCGACAGCUAUAUCCAGUGCCUCGCAGCUUGAGAAGGAGAGCACAGAGGAAAUCCAGGAGUGGGUCGAGGAGGUAUUGGAGGAGAAAGAGGAAGUCGUCGGGUAG